CCGCCCCGCCUCGCGCCGCCCCGCGCCGCCGCCGGACUCCCGAGCUCUAGACGCGCCGACGGCGGGGCAGACGGACUAGUGGACAGACGCGCCCGCCGCGGGACGAGCGGAGCGCAGCGCGGGCCUCGUGAGAGAGAACGGUAGAUCUGGAGGCGACGCGUGGCCGGCUGCGGGGCAUGGCAUCACUCGCGGAGCCCGUGGGAGCCUGGCUGGCCGUGGCCGUGGCCCUGGCCCUGGGCCCAAGCCCCAGCACGGCGGUCCCGGGGCAGGACUGCACGGGCGUCGAGUGCCCCCCGCUGGAGAACUGCAUCGAGGAGGCGCUGGAGCCGGGUGCCUGCUGCGCCACGUGCAUGCAGCAGGGCUGCGCCUGCGAGGGCUACCAGUACUACGACUGCCUGCAGGGUGGCUUCGUGCGCGGCCGCGUGCCCGCCGGCCAGUCCUACUUCGUGGACUUCGGCAGCACCGAGUGCUCCUGCCCGCCGGGCGGUGGCAAGAUCAGCUGCCAGUUCAUGCCCUGCCCGGAGCUGCCGCCCAACUGCAUCGAGGCCUUGGUGGCGGCCGACAGCUGCCCGCAGUGCGGCCAGGUGGGCUGCGUCCACUCCGGCCGCAAGUACGCCGCCGGCCACACGGUCCACCUGUCACCCUGCCGGGCCUGCCACUGUCCCGACGCCGGCGGCGAGCUCAUCUGCUACCGGCUCCCCGAUUGCCACGGAGAUGCCGCCCCUGGAAACUUCUCUGACGCCGAGGAGGGUGACCCUGAGCGACACUAUGAAGACCCCUACAGCUACGACCAGGAGGUGGCCGAGGCGGAGGCCGCGGCGGCCCUGGAGGGCGAGCUCCAGGCGGGCGCUGGGGGCCCGGCUGCUCUGGGAGCUGGGGGUCAGCCACCUUCAGCCAUCCAGGCCACCCGCUGGCCGGCUGCCCUCCCCAGGCCCACGGCAGCUGCCGCCCUGGGUCCCCCAGCCCCCGUGCAGGCCAAGGCCAGGAGAGUGACGGAGGACAGACAGGAGGACAGAGAGGAAUUGACAGUCAGGGAGCAGCCGGCAGCAGGUGGCCCCAGAGGCUUGGAUGGACGGCCCACAGCAGGUCCAGCCCCUGGUCUCCCUGUCCAAGAGGAGGCGGCAGAGGCCAGGGCACGGCCCGAAGAGAACCUCAUCCCGGAGGCCCAGGCCACCCCCCGCAGUGCUGGGCAGGAGGGAGCUGGGCCCAUUGCAGCGUCAAGCACGGCCAGUGUCCCCACAUCACAGGCCACACAGAGCGCUCCCGAGCGCCCGGCAGAGCCCAGCACCCACGCCAUCCUGACCACACCUCACCAGGAGGCGGCUCGCGUCCCACCCACCCAGGAAGUGCCCAAGCAGCCACUGGUUGUGCCCCGUUCUCGGCCAGAAGAAGACACAGACCCCAACUCUGUCCAUUCUGUCCCCAGAGGUGACCCUGAAGUGUCCACGAAGGACCUGAUCGAGACGUGCUGUGCGGCAGGGCAGCAGUGGGCCAUUGACAACGAUGAGUGCCUGGACAUCCCCGAGAGCGGUGCUGAGAGUGAUGUGUGCAGGACGGCCCAGAAGCACUGCUGUGUGUCCUACUUGAAGGAGAAGAGCUGCAUGGCCGGUGUCAUGGGGGCCAAGGAGGGCGCGGCAUGCGGGGAUGAGGACAGCGACACCUGCGGUGUCUCCCUGUACAAGCAAUGCUGUGACUGCUGCGGCCUGGGGCUCCGCGUGCGGGCCGAGGGCCAGUCGUGUGAGUCCAACCCCAACCUCGGCUACCCCUGCAACCACGUCAUGCUCUCCUGCUGUGAGGGCGAAGACCCCCUCAUCGUGCCCGAGGUCCGCCGGCCUCCGGAGCCUGAGGCUGUACCACGGAGAGUUUCAGAGGCGGAGUUGACGAGCCGGGAGGCCCUGUCGCUGGGCACGGAGACUGAGCUGCCCAACAGCCUGCCCGGUGACGACCAGGAUGAGUGCCUGCUCCUCCCGGGGGAGCUGUGCCAACACCUGUGCAUCAAUACCGUGGGCUCCUACCACUGUGCCUGCUUUCCUGGCUUCUCGCUGCAGGACGAUGGCCGCACCUGCCGCCCAGACGGUGACCGCCCCAAGCCGGAGGCCGCCGAGGAGUCAGCGCUGAGGCCCGAAUCCUCCCAGGUGGUCCCCAACACCAUCGCGCUGCCCGUGCCGCAGCCCAACACCUGCAAAGACAACGGGCCCUGCAAGCAGGUGUGCAGCGUGGUCGGGGACACCGCCAUGUGCUCCUGCUUCCCCGGCUAUGCCAUCAUGGCGGACGGCGUGUCCUGUGAAGACCAAGACGAGUGCCUGCUGGGCACUCACGAUUGUAGCUGGCGACAGUUCUGUGUGAACACCCUGGGAUCCUUCUACUGUGUCAACCACACAGUGCUCUGUGCGGAGGGCUUUAUCCUCAAUGCACACAGGAAGUGCGUGGACAUCAACGAGUGCGUGACGGACCUGCACACGUGCAGCCGGGGCGAGCACUGCAUGAACACGGUGGGCUCCUUCCGCUGCUACAAGGCUCUCACCUGUGAGUCCGGCUACAUGCUCAAGGAUGGCGAGUGCACAGACGUGGACGAGUGUGAGCUGGGCACACACAACUGCCAGGCGGGCUCCGUGUGCCGUAACACCAAGGGCUCCUUCUACUGCCAGGCGCGGCAGCGCUGCAUGGAGGGCUUCCUGCAGGACCCCGAGGGCAACUGCGUGGACAUCAAUGAGUGCACGUCGCUCUCCGAGCCAUGUCGGCCAGGCUUCAGCUGCAUCAACACGGUGGGCUCCUACACGUGCCAGAGGAACCCGGUGAUCUGCGGGCGUGGCUACCACGCCAGCCAGGACGGGACCAAGUGUGUGGACGUGAACGAGUGCUGGAGCUCGCCCAGCCGCCUGUGCCAGCACGCGUGCGAGAACACGCUCGGCUCCUACCGCUGCUCCUGCGCCUCCGGCUUCCGGCUGGCGGCCGACGGCAAGCGUUGCGAAGACGUGAACGAGUGUGAGGCCCAGCGCUGCAGCCAGGAGUGCGCCAACAUCUAUGGCUCCUACCAGUGCUACUGCCGCCAGGGCUACCAGCUGGCUGAGGACGGGCAUACCUGCACAGACAUUGACGAGUGCGCUCAGGGCGCCGGCAUCCUCUGCACCUUCCGCUGCAUCAACGUGCCAGGAAGCUACCAGUGCGUGUGCCCAGAGCGCGGCUACACCAUGACGGCCAACGGGAGGUCCUGCAAAGACCUGGACGAGUGUGCACUGGGCACCCACAACUGCUCUGAGGCUGAGACCUGCCAUAACAUCCAGGGUGGCUUCCGCUGCCUGCGUUUCGAGUGUCCCCCAAACUACGUCCGGGUCUCUGAAACGAAGUGCGAGCGCGCGCUGUGCCACGACUUCAUGGAGUGCCAGAACGCGCCGGCGCGCAUCACGUACUACCGGCUCAACUUCCAGACCGGGCUGCUCGUGCCGGCGCACAUCUUCCGCAUCAGCCCGGUGCCCGCCUUCGCCGGCGACACCAUCGCGCUGACCAUCACCAAGGGCAACGAGGAGGGCUACUUCGGCACGCGCCGCCUCAACGCCUACACGGGCGUCGUCUUCCUGCAGCGGUCCGUGCGCGAGCCACGGGACUUCGCCCUGGACGUGGAGAUGAAGCUAUGGCGGCAGGGCUCCGUCACCACCUUCCUGGCCAAGAUGCACAUCUUCUUCACCACCUUUGCCCUGUGAGGCGCGGCCGCGGACGAGCGCGUGGAGCCCCGGGUUCUCCCUGGCCCGGCGCCCCGGCCGCACGCCUCUUUCCGUGCUCCCUGCCGGCCGCGUGGGGGGCGGGCGAUGUGGCCAGUUUACUCUGACCCUGUAAAUUAACUUAAUUUUGCUGACCUGUUCCUCGCGUUUCGGCCUCUCCUGUGCCCCUGGAGGGAGCUUUGCGCAGGCCACUGCUGGUGCCCCGUGGAUGGGGUCGGAGGAUCCGAGGCUGGACAUGACCAAGACUGGAAUCAGCGACCACGUUGGACAUUUUGGACUCAACUGGGUGACCUGUCCCCAAUGAUGAUAUUCUGUUUCAUGUUCCACUGUGAUUAGCUCUUCACUUUUUUUAAAAAUCGUUUUUAAGUGUUUUUGUUUAAUUAUAAAGUAGUACAUGUAUAUUGCAAAUAUAUAUAUAUAUUCAAAUAGUACAAAAGGGUU